AUGGAUACGCCCCUGGACGACGAAGCCAUGGCCCAGGCCAUGGGCUUCUCAUCUUUCGGCCACCAAAACCGGCCCCAGAAGCGCAAAUACAACCCUCACGCCGACGCAGUCAUAAGGUCGGACUCCAAGACCGCCCAGCGCGCUGCCAAAGCCUCCGCCACGGGCUCAAACUCCACACCUCUCGGUGUACCAAGCAGCAAGCCCAAUCAGGCCGCCGCCAAUGCUGAUGAGAUUGACUUGGACGAGGAUGAAGAUGGAAUUCCCGAACCUGCAGAGACCCCGGCGGCGUUAGUGCGCCCUCAUGGAUUACCGGAGCGCCCUGUUCCAGGGACCGGGUUUAUUGGGUCACCAGGCGGUCAUCAGGGUGGCCACGGGCACCACCAGGAUGGCUCACGGAAUCACACCUGGUAUGAGGGAUAUUACGACCCCAAGUCAAAUGAGAAUCCGUGGAAACGACUGGAGGGAUCAAAAGGCCUACAGCCCAUGGGCACAUAUCUCUCUUAG